AUGUUCCCGCUUCGUCCCACCGACGACUCCAACGUCCGCCCCCUGACCGAUGAGGAUCACCACCAGCUCCUUCGCCUCGUUCAGCGAUAUGGCAUCCCCAGUCUCCUGUGCGCCCUGACCGGCUCGCCCGAUUCAUCCGGUGCCUCGACCUUUUCGGCGAGCACACUCAUCAGCAGCAUAAGCGCUCCGUCGCUUGCGUGGACCAACUCGGACGCCUCCCAGUGCCGCUCUGACGAUGCCUCCAUCAACACCCAGUGCACCUGGCCAGAGCUCGCCCAGGACAUGCCGUCCCUGCACCAGCCGGAACCGACCAAGAUCAUGGAGCGCUCCUGGCUCGACUCUCCCGGCCCGGUCCCCUCGCCGCUGCCCCCGAGUGACGUGACCUCGCACCCGUCCCCGCAACUCAUCGCGCCCACGUCCAAAAAGUACCAGUGCCCCAUGUGCUUCCUCGACAGCAGCCCCGUCGGCUUCGGCCGCAAGAGCGACUUCAAGAAGCAUCUCCACAACUUCCACGGCUCCGACGUCGUCUGGAUCUGCCGCACCAAGGGCUGCCACCUCUCCUUCUCCACCGAGCGCGCCUACAGCACCCAUGCCAAGGACGCCCAUCGGAUGAAGGCCCUGCCCAACAGCUCCGCCCGGACCGAGCUGUGCACCCAGGUCGUCUUCGCGUGCGGCUUCGCCUCGUGCAAGGACCGCCUCUUUGAGGCUCAGACCGCCGACGACUCCUCGGCGACGCGCGACAAGCACUUUGAGCACAUCGCCAAGCACUUUGAGGAAGGCUUCGACGUCCGUCUGUGGGAAUACAGGGUCCAGGUACAGAACCUGAUGCGCCAGCCCCAGGUCAAACACACGUGGAAGACGGGCAUCUGGCCAAAGGAGAAGCGCCAGCAGCUCUCCUGGCGGCCACGGUCAUCGGGCGACCUGAAGCGCAUGCUCGAGUGCCGGCACCUGGGCAACGACAUCUCCACCCUGGUUCGCCUGGCCUACAUCUUGGGCACCGCACCGUUCACGUCGGCCGCCACGCCUCCGCCUAGCGAGAUUGAUGCGUACUUCCAGCUGCCCUACCGAAGCCUGUGUCUUAUCGACUCUCCGGGCCAUUGCCUGACGACCCCGAGCCCCAAGCCGGAAGACGACGGUUCCUCCAUAUUGACGUUCCCCAAGCGCCGCUCGAGCCGCUCGAGCCUGACACAGUCCAUGUUCCGCCUGCCGAGCCGCCAAGGAAAGCGAUCAUCGCGACCGCCAACGCCGGCGAGCGUCGUGGGAGGCGGCGUUACAAGCGCACCCAGCACGACACCACCGGCGCAAGGCGUCAACGGCGUCAGCGUGAGCGGCGACGACACGAUCAUGGCAGAUGACCCGACGGCCGGGCCACACCCCGGCACGCCGUAUCCGAUCCCCAACGAGACGGUGUGGCCCGUCGACGCGCCCAAGUUCGCGCCGGAUUCUGGGCUUCUGCUCCCCAAGCAGGAGCACACGCCUCCACCCGUCGACAACCCGCACCUCAUGUACGCCAUGCAGAUGGAGCAAGACCCGCACCAGUCGUGGUGCCCCAUGCCGGUGCAGUACGACCCGUACGGCGCCCCGGUCGGCAUGCCGCACGGGCUCUACGACUACACAAUGAACUCGAGCGAGGUGUCGACGGUGCGGCCAGCCACGCCGGUGCCACACAAGCGGCCCGGCUCCUGGGGUCGCGUCGUGAGCAUGGAGAGCAUGCGGUCGGCCAAAAAGUCGGUCCCGCACGAUGUCGCACCGUGCCCCCCGGAGAUGAUGCCGACCAUGCUGGGCAUGUAG